CAAGAACACAGCACAACCCGCCCAUCCACCCUCACCACACAAACCCACCCCCAUACAAUACACACUCCCAAGCCAGACCAAGCUCUUCUCCAACAUUCCUCUAUUCAAAACCGCCGCAACGUCUCUCACCCGCCUCGCGUGCCUCUCCCAAACCCCAAACCGUAUCCCAACGGCAUCCGACUGAAAGCGGUAGUUUUGCAAGAAACGAGGAACUUGCUUCCUCUUGGUCGAGGAGAGGCGCCCAAUAUCAGCACCAGCAUCCCCAUCGACCCAUCGCGAAACAACAAACACCAGCAUCUACCUACCUACACAAACGGGGGGCGCAAUAUCGCAUAAAAGCACAAACCACUCAAGUCUCCCCAACAACAACAACCCCAUUUACCCUCCCCAUACGAGCGCACGCACCGGCAUUCGCCCCGGUAUACAUCAACACAUCCCCCCCCAUCUUGCAAACACGCGCGAGGGACGGCGCAGCGAAACGACCCUCAUCGUCAUCGCGCCAAAAACACACCAUACUCACCCGUCUUGAGCCUGUCGCACUAUGGCGUCCUCAUACCAGUACCGCAACUCAUACCACAACUCCUCGUCCCAGAACAUCAGCGAAAAGUACGACGAAGGCCUGGGACGCCCGGCCACAUCCCGCCGCAACACGCGUCUGAGAAGCAGCGACGGUACCGUCAGCACCACAAUGAGCUCAUCCACAGGGCGCGAGAGCGCAGCAACCCACGUCACCGAGGGUCCUGCCUACUCGAAGAAGAUUGUCGUCGUCGGCGACGGCGGAUGUGGCAAGACGUGUCUACUGAUCAGCUACAGCCAAGGUUACUUCCCAGAGAAAUACGUCCCCACUGUCUUCGAAAACUACAUCACGUACCCGACGCACCCGCCGUCCGGUAAGACCGUAGAGCUCGCGCUGUGGGACACGGCCGGCCAAGAGGAGUACGACCGGUUGCGACCGCUCUCGUACCCCGAGACCGACCUGAUAUUCGUCUGUUUUGCGAUUGACUGCCCGAACUCGCUAGAAAACGUCAUGGACAAGUGGUAUCCCGAAGUCCUCCACUUCUGCCCCUAUACCCCUCUGGUCCUCGUGGGCCUCAAGUCCGACCUCCGCUUCAAGAAGACGUGCAUCGACAUGCUCAAGACGCAAGGCCUCACUCCCGUGACUCAGGAACAGGGCCGCGCUGUUGCACGCAAGAUGGGCGCCCAGUACGCGGAGUGCAGCAGCAAGGAGAUGACGGGUGUGGACGAGAUAUUUGAGCAGGCCAUCCUGACCGUCGUGGCCAACGACCGGAAAAACGUGGAGGCUCAAGCCGCCGUUUCGUCAACAUCCGGCGGUCCUCCCGGGAGCAGCGCAGGCAUCCCCAGCGUCGCUCUUAAGAAGAAGAAGAAGAGGAAUUGCAAGAUCCUGUAAGAUUCUCGCCGAGAAUCGAGGGGUUGCGACGGACAAGCAUCGGGCACUGGCGGAGGGCGUAAUGAAUGACUUUGUUUUAUCUGCAUGAUCUCGUUACGACCUGCUACUAUUACGAUCUGGAGAAAGCAUGCGCCACCAUUAGCGAGGGGCGUCUCCUGCUCUGGGGCUGGAUGUACUCUAGACCAGGGACAAAUCUUUUUUUCCCCUUUGACACCAGGGACGCGGGAAGUUUUUUCUUCUUUCCGACGGAGAAGAAUUGGUAUAUGAGGGGUAGGAUCAAUGAAGGGGCUGGGAGGGAAAGUGAGUUGUAUUCUCAUCGGAGUCUCGAGACUCGUCCAUACCCUUUUCUUUUUGACGCAAAACACACACACACAAACAAACAUACACACGCAAACGGAGCGGGUACAGAGGAGACUUUGAUCAGUUUCUGUAUCCAUUAGGUACUUUUGACCCCGUGGGGCACAUUUUUCUUUUAUUUUCCUAACCUUUUUCCUCCCCUCUUCUUUUACCCUCUCCUGUAGCAGCAUCGGGUUUUUUGUCUUGAUAGGGCAUUCCGGAGGGGAUAGGAAACAUGAAUUGUCAAAAGCAUCAAAACCGGAAGUGUUCAAGCUCGCAGCAGUGACAGUGAAAUGUGAGAGAACCCGUGCGGGAGGCGUUAGUAGCUCAACCGUUGUUAGCCUAUUUGAGUGACCCGAUGCCGUGGUUCGACGUGUGGUGGUACCGAGAGGCACGAUAUCCAAAAACGGCCUCUAGUAGGUGAGGGAAAGUCAAUAUCGAACUGUGUACAUCGGAGAAAGGUCCGGGAAGGGGUUCAUUAAGAUGGGAUUCCGCAGAAUGGGACUCUGGAUUCAGUACUGGAAACCCUACAUUCCGAAAUCCCCCCC